CGUCCUCCGAGCCCGGCCGGUCAGCCGUCCCGCCGCCCCGCGGCCCCGGCCGGAGGAGACAGAUUCUCCAGCCACUCGAUGGGGAUUCACAAAAGACCGCCUGUGUGUGUCACCUCCCCACCUCUCUGUAGCAAGAGAAGUGACUGCAGCGCCUCCACAGUCAUGAUGAAACUGGUAUUAACUGAGUGGCACUUAUGGAUUUUUAUCUCUGACUCUCAGUGAGCCAGCGAGCCAUAUGUUUACAGCCAACCAAAAACCCUCCCGUGUCGCUGCACAUCUCAAGAUCGUGAGACGCUAAGAUACCUGUUUGUACAAAGAGGAAUACAAGUGUUACUUGCCAAGGAACACACCUGCAGCAGACCAAGAAGACGUCUUAAUUUAUCAUUGAAGAGAUAUGAUAGUAUUAUUUAUAUAGAUAGAAUAAAUAAAUAUAUAUAUAUAUACACACACAUAUAUCUAUUUUUGGUGGUAAUGAAAAUGGCUCCGCAGAAUGCCGACUCAGAAUCUAUGCAAGUUCAAGAGUUACCUGUGCCCCUGCCGGACCCACAGAAACCUGGAGACCCGGAUGCUGACAACCGUGAGGAGACCAUCAGUGAAGGAUCCAUAGACAGAAUCCCCAUGCGCCUAUGGGUCAUGCACGGGGCAGUGAUGUUUGGCAGAGAGUUCUGUUAUGCCAUGGAGACUGCGUUGGUCACACCCAUACUGUUACAGAUUGGCCUCCGUGAACAGUACUACAGCCUCACCUGGUUCCUGAGCCCCGUCCUUGGCCUCAUCUUCACGCCAAUCAUCGGCUCCGCCAGUGACCGCUGCACUCUGAGCUGGGGCCGCCGGCGGCCCUUCAUCCUGGCACUCUGCGUGGGUGUGCUCUUUGGGGUCGCACUUUUCCUCAACGGCUCUGCCAUAGGUCUGGCCCUGGGCGAUGUCCCCAACCAGCAGCCCAUUGGCAUUGUCCUCACGGUGUUGGGAGUGGUGGUCUUGGACUUCAGCGCUGAUGCCACUGAAGGACCCAUCCGUGCCUACCUGCUGGACGUGGUGGACAGUGAGGAGCAGGACAUGGCUCUUAACAUUCAUGCCUUCUCUGCUGGCCUGGGCGGAGCCAUUGGCUACGUGCUGGGAGGGCUGGAUUGGACACAGACCAUCCUGGGAAGCUGGUUCCGGACACAGAACCAGGUGCUGUUCUUCUUCGCGGCCAUCAUCUUCACGGUGUCAGUGGCCCUGCACCUCUUUAGCAUCGAGGAGGAGCAGUACAGCCCACAGCAGGACCGCAACGCCAAGGAGGCUGCCCCCGCCCCCGCCCCCGCCCCAGCCGUUCGCCUGAGCUCCUUCACUGGGGUCGUGCAGGAUGGCAGUCCCCCGUUCCCAGACGAGGUGCAGUCAGAGCAUGAGCUGUCCCUGGACUACCUCGAUGUGGACAUCGUGCGGAGCAAGAGUGACUCGGUGCUGCACAUGCCAGACGCCACGCUCGACAUGGACUCGGAGCUGCUGUUCCUGCAUGACAUCGAGCCCUCCAUCUUUCAGGACGCCUCCUACCCCAGCACCCCCCGGAGCACCAGCCAGGAGCUCCUCAGGGCCAAGCUGCCCCGCCUGUCCACAUUCCUCAGGGAGUCCGCCAAGGAGGAUGACACCUUGCUCGAUAAUCACUUGAAUGAAACUAAAGUCCCAAACGGUAGUGGCUCCCCGCCAAGGGACGCACCCAGCAGUUGUACCAGGGUGGACAUGAAGCCCUCAACCACAUCCAGCUCCAUGAGGCGACGUAGGCAUAUGUUCCGCCGGCAGGCUUCCAGCACCUUCUCCUACUACGGCAAGAUGGGGUCCCACUGCUACCGCUACCGGCGGGCUAACGCGGUGGUGCUGAUCAAGCCAUCGCACAGCAUGAGUGACCUGUACGAGCUGCAGCAGCGCCACAGGCAGCGCUGCCGCCACCGGCACCAGAGCGGGGCCACUACCUCCAGCGGGGACACGGACAGCGAGGAAGGUGAGAGCGAGACCACUGUGCGCCUGCUGUGGCUGUCCAUGCUGAAGAUGCCCAAAGAGCUGAUGCGCCUCUGCCUCUGCCACCUGCUCACCUGGUUCUCCGUCAUCGCCGAGGCUGUCUUCUACACCGACUUCAUGGGCCAGGUUAUCUUUGAAGGGCACCCUAAUGCCCCGUCCAACUCAUCGGACUGGCACGCCUACAAUGCUGGUGUGAAGAUGGGCUGUUGGGGUCUUGUCAUCUAUGCCACCACUGGUGCUAUCUGCUCAGCCCUGCUACAGAAGUACCUGGACAACUAUGACCUGAGCAUCAGGGUCAUCUAUGUGCUGGGGACGCUGGGCUUCUCAGUGGGCACUGCCGUGAUGGCUAUGUUCCCCAACGUCUAUGUGGCCAUGGUCACCAUCAGCACCAUGGGCAUCGUUUCCAUGAGCAUCUCCUACUGCCCCUAUGCCCUGCUGGGGCACUACCACGACAUCAAAGAGUAUGUCCACCACAGCCCCGGGAACUCCAAGCGUGGGUUUGGCAUCGACUGCGCAAUCCUCUCCUGCCAGGUCUACAUCUCUCAGAUCCUGGUGGCAUCUGCCCUUGGGGGUGUGGUCGACGCGGUGGGCACAGUUCGUGUCAUCCCCAUGGUGGCCUCGGUGGGCUCCUUCCUGGGCUUCCUGACGGCAACCUUCCUGGUGAUCUACCCUGAGGUGUCAGAGGAGGCCAAGGAGGAGCAGAAAGUCUUGUCUGCCCGGCCCGCUGGUGAAGGCGAGGGCAGCUCAGUCCUCGACAAGCCCCCUGUGCUGAAGCUGCCACGGAAGGAGGUCAUGUCGGUGCCGUCGGAGACCGAGUCCAUGGUCUGAGCCCCAGUGGACACAUUCCACAUGGCAGGGUGGCCGGUUGCAGCGGGAAGCUGUCCAGCACUUCCAGGCCACGCAGGCCGAGCCAGAGAGCUUCCCAGAGCGCAGUCAGGUUCAGUAGGUGUAGGGUAGGUCUGAGCUGUUAGGCAAAAAUAUCACACUAAUUACCUUUUCCACAAUUAAAAAAAUCAUUUGAAAUCUUUUUUAAUUGAAAAAUAUGUUUUAAUUUCAACUAUCUUUUUAUUCUGCAGGUAUAUUAUUCUGCAUGUUUUUAAAUUGUAAAACAUUUACAAUAUAGUCAAUAUGCAAUUUAGAAAAAAAUAAGAUUUUUGCAUUUCUAAAAUUAUAAUUGAAAAUGCAAAAACUGACAUCCUGGUGUAUGCCGUCUGAAGCUGUCAGAUGGUGGCAGUGUGGUGCCACAUGUCCCCUCGCUGUCCCUUGGGUGUGGGCGGCGGCCACACCAGAGUGCUGGCUGGUGCCGUGGUUGCACAGAGCUUUCUCUGGUGUUACUUUAGAAAAAAUGUCUUUUCACAACUGUGGUUUUCCUAGAACCGCAUCUCUUCCCCCGAGGGUUUGACACACCAAAGCUGGGAGCCCCCCAAAGUGUCCAGGCAGGGCCUGGCUUCCUCA